AUGAGGUUUUCAAGUUCAAUAAGCUGCUCAUUGUUGGCAUGCGUAGCAGUUGUACUGAGUGAGACUACUGGUGCUGGAUAUUCCAUUGACUAUCCAGUGGUUCGCAAUAUUGAUCAACCAAAAUCAGUGCUCACAUCCAAGGAGGAACAAAUAUUUUUCGAUACAUUUCUUUCAAGGGGUACUCAUGACAAGGAUUCCAUUAGUGUAUCUAUGAUUCCAGUGAUGAAUAAACUAUUGGAAUAUUCCAUGUCUUUCCAACCAAGCCCAGACUCAGCUAUAAAGAAGGGUGCUUGGACACCUGACCAUAAACCUUUGAUGAUAAUCAACAUUGUUGGAGCGGAGUUGAACUCAGAACCAGAUUUCGAAGCAAAAACGUUGCAGUCUCAGUUUGACUCUAUGUUCAGCAAAACCAUGUUACGUUGGGGCGACAAAUUAACUGAUGCAAUCGCGGUUGAUUCAAUGACUCGAGGUGUUGUGGAUCAUUUUCAAUACUUUGCUGAGCAAACAAGUAAAAUCUGGCAGAGUCAUCAAGAUACCUUGAAACAGCAAAUUAUCAAUUAUAGUCCAACCAAUGAGGAGAUGUUUAUUCGCGAAUUAUCAUCGUUGGUUCAUUUGCGUGAUUACGUUAAAAAUGCGACACUUGGCAGUGACAGAUUCUAUAUUCAGAUUUCAUCACUUGCGUCAAUUGGAAACAAGAUUGGAAGAGAUUCUACCACAUAUAAGCAUGCAGUGAAAUCUCUAGAAAACGUACUCGCCUCCCUAGCUAAAGAGUGUAUGAUUCUAGUUGUGGAAUCACCAAAUGCCACUGUAAACACUCAUUUGCAAAAGAGAUCAAAAGUGGGAUUAACAGCUCCUGCAUUCAAAUACGCUAGCAAACAGGCCUGUGAAGUUGGCACUGACAAGUGCUCUGCUCAUGGAGUAUGCAAAGAGAGUAAAAACCAGUGGAGUUGUGUUUGCGAGCCAAGCUUCAACAAAACAACAUCGAAGACUACCACUUGGGUUGGUCCUGAUUGUGGUAAGAAGGAUGUGUCCGUGCCUGCCAAUUUGUUCCUUUGGACCAGUAUUGCGUUGGUGUUGUCUUUAGUUGGUGGUGUCAAGUUAUUGGCUAGCGUUGGAUCGGACCCUUUGCCCGGAGUAUUGGAUGCUGCCACCCUCUCUACAAAAAAGACAAUUUAA